GUGAAGAGGGAAGGAGAGAGUUAGCAGACAACGGGAUGAGCUGAGGAGCGUGGGAUGACACAGUGGGUUUGGAAGGAGGAGAGACGGAGCACACGUGACGUCAACCCCGAGCGGAGCAGAGCGGAGCUGACCAGCCGCCGCUCUCUGCGCCUCUGAACGCGGCUGCAUCUGCUUUAAAAACACCGCGGAGGAGGAGGAGGAACCGCGGAGGUCUGAUAGGGAGAGACCGGAGGAGGAGGAGGAGGAGGAGGAAGAAGCUCAUCCCCGCGCUGCACGGGAACGCAUCGGACGCGUUAUUUAUUUACUGAAUGGGAACAUGCCUGUUUGCCUCGCGCAGUCAGACAGGUGUUAUAAAUGCGCGAGAUGGAGCUUUGAUCUGCGCCGGAGGGCUCGCGCUGAUCGUUGAUCCUGAAUGUGGAAGAUCACGCGCAGCAACAAGUUUGAGAUUAUGAAUUUUGUCUGGAUUCAGAAUUUGGAUGUAUUGGAUUUUUUGUUCUGCAUUUUUACCACGGCUGGUGAUCCUUUUGGGAACCCUAAGAAAAACUGGGAAUUCCUUUAACGUGUUAAUUCUGCUGUGGUUCGGCUCUGCGCGUAAAAAAGAACCGGAUCAUCCGACCCGCUUCCUAAAAGAAGCUCAUUCUUUUCUACCAGCGGUUCUCCUUGUGUUCCACUGGUCCCGGCUUUGCGUGGCGCCGCGACCCCUGAUGGUGCCCACGGUUCGGUCACAGUGGCUCGAGCUGAUGCUGCUGGUUGAACGCGCCACCCGGUGAUUUUACCAGGCGGGGAUCGUGAUGGCUGGUCUGUCCGUGGCAGGAUAGGUACGAAUGGUUCUUUAAGGGAUCAGAUCUGUUGACAAUGACCUCCAGUCGAGCUCUGCCCCGCGCCGUUCCCACCCCAACCCGAGAGAAAAGCACGCGCCCUCGGUUCGAUGCGCACGAGAAGACGUCGUGUCCCCAGAACCGCUGAUCCGACUGACAGUCCGGAGAGGAGGAAAAGGAGGAGGAGAAGGGGGGCACACACUGACACAGACGAUCAGAGCUGAGAGGCGGUGAUGGAGCUGUCGGAGGUGCGGUGCUCCAGCGCCAGCGAGGAGCUGUACACCAUCAACAAGACGCCGAGCAGCAGCGGCAACAGCAGCGGCAGCGGCAGCGCGCGGCCCAAGCGGCUGCUGUGGCAGAACGCGGUGCGGCACAUCACCGAGCAGCGCUUCAUCAACGAGCAGGGCGGCGGCGGUACCGGGGGGAUCAAAGACGACCCUUUCGACCCGAUCCAGGAUGCGCGGAAGCAAUCCGCGGGCCGGACCUCUAUAGGGGACCGGCACAACAACGGCGGGACUAAAGUGUUCCCUGAGCGCGCCAGCAGCGACCUGGGCUUCCUGCAGAUCGACUGCGCGCCCAGCAACUCGGACUUCUUCCUGAACUGGGGCUACACGUACCGGGGCGUGAUCUUCCCCACGCUGCGGAACGCCUUCAAGUCCCGCGACUUGGAGCAGCUCUACCAGCGCUACUUCCUGGGUCAGAGGCGCAAAUCGGUGGUGGUAAUGAACAUCCUGGACGUGGUGACCAAGCUCACCCUGCUGGUGCUGCACCUCACCCUGGCCUCCACCCCUAUGGACCCCAUCAAGGGAACGCUGCUGGGCUUCUUCACCGGCAUAGAGGUUGUCAUUUGUGCCUUAGUGGUGGUGCGGAAGGACACCACCUCGCACAGCUACCUUCAGUACAGUGGCGUGGUCACCUGGGUGGCCAUGGCCACCCAGAUUCUGGCGGCCGGCCUGGGCUACGGGCUGCUGGGGGAUGGGGUGGGCUACGUCCUGUUCACGCUGUUCGCUACCUACAGCAUGCUGCCGCUGCCGCUCACCUGGGCCAUCCUGGCCGGUCUCUUCACCUCCGGGCUGCACAUCCUGGUCCAGCUGCUCAUCUCUGAGAGCGCACAGCUCUUCACCAACCAGGUCACAGCUCAGGCUGUGCUCUUCAUGUGCAUGAACACUGCUGGGAUAUUUAUCAGUUACCUGUCUGACCGGGCUCAGCGGCAGGCCUUCCUCGAGACCCGGCGCUGCAUCGAAGCUCGCCUGAGACUGGAGACAGAGAACCAGAGACAGGAACGUCUGGUGUUAUCCGUGCUGCCACGUUUUGUAGUUUUGGAAAUGAUCAACGACAUGACAAAUGUAGAGGACGAACACCUCCAGCAUCAGUUCCACAGAAUUUACAUCCACCGCUACGAGAAUGUCAGCAUUCUUUUCGCAGAUGUUAAAGGCUUCACCAACCUCUCCACGACGCUCUCUGCCCAGGAGCUGGUACGAAUGUUGAACGAACUCUUUGCACGCUUCGACCGUCUCGCACACGAGCACCACUGUCUACGAAUAAAGAUCUUGGGAGACUGUUACUACUGUGUAUCUGGUCUACCUGAGCCCAGACCAGACCACGCACACUGCUGCGUGGAGAUGGGACUGAGCAUGCUCAAAACCAUCAGAUACGUCAGAUCACGUACGAAACAUGACAUCGACAUGCGUAUUGGGAUCCACUCGGGCUCGGUGCUGUGUGGCGUUCUAGGACUCAGGAAGUGGCAGUUUGACGUCUGGUCCUGGGACGUGGACAUUGCCAACAAGCUGGAGUCUGGAGGCAUCCCUGGGCGAAUCCACAUCUCCAAAGCAGCUUUGGACUGUUUGAAUGGCGACUAUGAGGUGGAGGAAGGACAUGGGAAGGACCGCAACGACUUCCUUCGGCGCCACAACAUCGAGACAUACCUGAUCAAGCAGCCCGAGGAGAGUCUGCUCACCCUGCCGGAGGACAUCAUGAAGGAGGCGGCCAGCUCGGCUGACCGCCGGGCAAGCAGCGCCACCUUCAACGAGGCCUCCUGGAGUCCUGAGCUCCCCUUCGACAACAUUGUGGGAAACCAAAACACUCUGGCUGCCCUAACGAGAAAUUCGAUAAAUCUGCUUCCAAACCAUCUUGCACAAGCUUUGCAUGUCCACUCUGGUCCUGAGGAAAUUAACAAGCGAAUAGAGAGUGCCAUCGACUUACGGAGUGGCGAUAAGUUGAGAAGAGAGCAUAUCAAGCCUUUCUCACUGAUGUUUAAAGACUCCAGCCUGGAAGAGAAGUACUCACAGAUGAGGGACGAGGUUUUCAAGUCCAACCUGGUCUGCGCCUUUAUUGUGCUCAUCUUCAUCACAGCUAUUCAAAGCCUGCUUCCCUCUGCCAGAAUGGUGACAAUGGUGAUCCAGUUUUCGAUCCUCAUCGUCCUCCACUCCUGCCUGGUUCUAGUUACGACGGCGGAGGACUACAAGUGUCUGCCUCUGGUCCUGAGAAAAGCUUGCUGCUGGAUUAAUGAGACAUAUGCAGCGCGAAACGUCAUCAUAUUCAUCUCAAUCCUUAUUAACUUCCUCGCAGCAAUGAUCAAUAUUCUAUGGUGUGACUUCGAUAAGCCCAGCACCUUCAGGAACCAGACGUACAACGAGUCGGCCUCCAUCCCAGACAUCUGCUUCUACCCAGAGUAUUUUGUAUUCACAGGGGUGCUGGCGAUGGUCACUUGCGCGGUGUUCCUGCGGCUGAACUCUGUGCUGAAACUAGCUGUGCUGUUGGUGAUGAUCGCCAUCUACUCCCUGCUGACUGAAGCUUUCUACACCUCGCUGUUUGUUCGUUACGACACCGUGCACCACAACACGGAAAACUUCUUGGGAACCAAAGAGACAUCUCUGCUCCUGAUGGCCAUGUUUCUCCUCGCCGUGUUUUACCAUGGUCAACAGCUAGAGUACACGGCCCGGCUGGACUUUCUGUGGCGUGUCCAGGCUAAAGAGGAGAUCAACGAGAUGAAGGAGCUGCGAGAACACAAUGAGAACAUGCUGAGGAACAUCCUGCCCAGCCACGUGGCCCGGCACUUCCUGGAGAAGGACCGAGACAACGAGGAACUGUACUCCCAGUCCUACGAUGCUGUGGGUGUGAUGUUUGCCUCCAUCCCGGGCUUCGCAGACUUCUACUCCCAGACUGAGAUGAACAACCAGGGAGUCGAGUGCCUGCGGCUCCUCAACGAAAUCAUUGCUGACUUUGAUGAGUUGCUCGGCGAGGACCGUUUCCAGGACAUUGAGAAGAUCAAGACGAUCGGUAGCACCUACAUGGCUGUCUCUGGUCUGUCACCUGAAAAACAGCAAUGUGAAGAUAAAUGGGGUCACCUGUGUGCGUUGGCCGACUUCGCCAUCGCCUUGAACGAGAGCAUCCAGGAGAUCAACAAGCACUCAUUCAACAACUUCGAGCUGAGGAUCGGAAUGGCUCACGGUUCCGUGGUGGCAGGCGUGAUCGGGGCAAAGAAACCGCAGUACGACAUCUGGGGAAAGACGGUGAACUUGGCCAGCCGAAUGGACAGCACCGGCGUGAGCGGGAAGAUCCAGGUGCCCGAGGAGACCUACCAGAUCCUGAAGGAGCGGGGCUUCGCCUUCGAGUACCGUGGUGAGAUCUACGUAAAGGGCAUCAGUGAGCAGGAGGGCAAAAUCCGAACUCACUUCUUGCUGGGUCGGGUCCAGCCCAACCCGCUCAUCCUGCAGCCGCGCAAAAUCACCGGCCAGUACUCGCUGGCGGCCGUGGUGCUCGGCCUGGUGCAGUCGCUCAACAGGCAGAAGCAGAAGCAGAUUCUCAACGAGAACAACAACUCGGGCAUCAUGAAAGCCCACCACCACUACAACCGAAGGACGUUGUUAGCGCCCGGUGGGGCCGAGGUGGGCGGGGGCCAUCAUGCUGAAGCUCCUGAUAAGACUGAUUUGUCCUGAAGCGCAGAGCGGAGUUUUGGGUCCACACUGAUUCCUUAGAGGCAGGACUGCUCCGAGGUCAGAAAUCUUGUCUGCGGCUGAGUUAAACCUUGGUGGGUGAAGCAUCACAAAGAUUCUCAAGUUCUUGCUACAAACAGAUUCGGAAAAUAACAUUAUCAUUGCUAAAAUAUGAACAUUUAACAUUGUUUUCCGUGGCUGCUUGUUUUACUUAGACCAGCUUAUGUCAUUUAGGGCUUUUCCGAGUCAUGGGGAAGAAGAUGGUUUCUGUCAGAGUCAGUACUUUCAUGAGAGAAAGUAAGUCCGUUAGGAAGAAAUAGCAGCCAGGUCAUGUUGAUAAGGAGCAUACAUUUAAUGAUCAUCAGUGUGAGUAGGUCAAUAAAACCAAGAACUUUGGCCGUUUACAGGUUUGAGUUAACCCAAUGCAAACCCAGAAUUUCAGAGAAAGAAAAUAAUCAAUGUGCUGUAAUGGCCCAGUGUGCAAAAACAAAUGCCUGCAUGACCUGCAGCUGUUACAUUCAGACAGAAAAUAUCGACUGUGGGUUAUUGCUGCUAAAAGCUACAAGCUGUAGAAUCAGGGGUUUAGUUUUUGUCACGACUGUAUUGACAGAGAUGGAUACUUUAUUUUCCCCAUGACUUUAUCUGAUGUUUUCAGUUGAAUCAAAUGAAUGUAAGCUCAUGUUUAUCUCUGGUUCAUUAAAGUAUCUGUUAUCCUGAUACAAAGGACAGUUUGAACAUCUGGUAGCGGUUCUUUUCAUGAAUGUCAUGUAAAACUGAACGUCACUCAAAUGUUUUCACCUUUUUAAUUUACCAUACUGUAGAAGCGCCACCCACUUAGGUUUAAUCCAACCAGUGAGGUUUGUUCUUCAUCAUGAGCAGUUCAGCUUUUUAGGAAUGUAUGUAGAACUGAAACUCUACUUUGGAGAAGGAGGUGGUGGCGAUGCCGUGGAGUGGAUGGAUCAGUGGAAGGACUGGACCUUGCCAUUGCGCUCCAUUUCCAUCCUCCGUCUUCUGUUCACGUUCUUUUGGACAGAUUAUCUGGGACCGUCCCGACCAACAUUCCUGCUGUCCAUUCCCCUUUUAUCUCACCCUGCCUCAGACCCAUUCACACCUGAAACCCCGACCCCCUCUCCCUCCCAGACCUUCGCCUGGUGUCAAUGUUUCUUUUUUGUAUUUCUUUUAUAUAUGGAACACAAUAAAAAUGGGUCUAAUUUUUAUAGAA